AUGAGCAUUAUUUGUGCAACGCUUACUUGGCUAGAGACAUUUGAAGCAGAACGGAAAGUAAAUCUCGAGAAGCAACUGAAAACAGUUGAAGAUGUUGGAAAAGAUGAUGAUUGGUUGAAUGCUCAUAUAAAGAAAGUUAAAGCUGUCGAGGAUGCGAAGGAAUUUUACAGUGAGCUUGAAAACGAUCAGAAAAUAGAAGAACGCAUUCAAAAAGCAUUAAAAAAUUUAACAGUUGAACGAAAGCGAAAAUUAUUGAAUGAUGAAGAUAUUGAGGGAAAAAAUGAUGAUGAUGAAACAGAUGAUAUACUGGAUGAAGAUUUUACAAAUGAUCAACUUGCAAAGAAAAUUGAAGAGCCAACUCCAACCUGUACAAAGGUAAUUUAUGCUACACGAACACAUUCUCAGUUGCUGCAAUUUGCUGAAGAAAUCACGAAAACACGAUUUCAACCAAGAGUGGUAACGUUGGGAUCGAGGCAACAUUUAUGCAUUAACGAAUCGGUUCGUGCUUUACAGAAAACGAAUCUUAUGACAGAACGAUGCAAUGAAUUGCGUGAUAACAAAGCAUCGGAAAAACGCCAGAAAGAUGACGAUGAUAAAUAUGUGGCAAAAGCAUGUAAAGGAAGUUGUCCAUUUGCAAGAAGUGAUGCAAUCGAAGAUCUCUGUGAUCAAAUUCUUGCAUCAAAGUUAUCAAGUACACCGCAGUUAGUUGAUUAUAGCAAAAAAAUCUCAGCUUGUCCGUACUUUGCAUCACGCAAGUCAGUAGCUUAUUCACAAUUAGUGCUUCUACCAUAUCAAAUUUUAUUUCAAGAAGAAGCACGAAAAGCUUGGGGAAUUGAAUUGAAGGGUAACGUUAUCGUUAUUGAUGAAGCUCAUAAUUUACUAGAAACAAUUACGAAUUCACAUUUUGUUACGCUACACGCAAAGGAAUUGAAAUCUGUGCUUUCAACAUUAGAUGUUUAUCUAAAUCGUUUUCAAAGUCGACUGACACCGGUGCAUAAGAAAUAUUUGCGGCAGUUAUCGACCAUUGUAGAUUUGUUAUUGGCGUAUAUGAAUCAUGCAUUAGAUAAGAAUAAAGAUUUUGUUGAAACAAUGACGUCAUUUGCUGGUAAAGCUUAUCUUGCGCAAUAUAAGUUGGACAUUUUAUUAAAAUAUAUUGAGGAAACUCACUUAAUCAUGAAGUUGAGCAAGUUUUCGAAACGUUUGGAUGGACAGCACAACAAGAAAGUUGAUUCUACUUAUGAGUUCCGGGUAGAGCAUUUACUUCGCACAAAAGAUUCCUCGAAUGAAUCUCAAAACAUUUUUGAAUCCGCUUGUUCAACUAGUCAACCACUGGUUGAGGAGCGAACAAUUGCAUCUGCAUUGUGUGCAUUCCAACAGUUUUUACAAAUGCUAAUGCUGAAUUAUAAGGAUGGUAGAUUAAUAGUAGAAUGUUCCUCCGGGAAGGAUGAAGCCAGAAUAAGUUAUUAUCUUAUCAAUCCAGCUUCUCAACUCGGUGAUAUAAUUAAACAGUGCAGAUCUUUAAUAUUAAUUGGUGGUACUAUGGAACCGUCAGAAAUCUUGAUACGCUCACUUACCAUGUGUUGCAAAGUUGACCCAAGCAAGGAUCUUAUCCGCCGUUCUUUUGGACAUGUGAUAAAGGAUAAUCAGUUAUUGGCUCUAACAAUAACAAAUGUAUCUAAUAUGAAAUUGAUAUUUACACAUGGUAAACGAGAAACUCAAGCAAUCCUAAAUCUUUUGGUAAUGACAUUAGAACGGAUUGCCGGAGCAGUUCCAAAUGGAAUGAUCGUAUUCUUUCCAAGCUAUGCCUAUUUGGAAGAAUUUAUUAAAAAAACAACUAUACAUGCUUUACGGAAGGCUAAACCAUUAUUCAUUGAACGGCGAAACAGUUUCUCUGGCUUGUUUAAUGAAUUUGCAAAGUUAGCUCGAACUGUAAAAGGUGCUUUAUUGUUAGCUGUAGUUGGUGGAAAAUUAAGUGAAGGAAUUAAUUUUUCGGAUGAAUUGGGACGUACAGUUGUUGUCAUUGGAUUACCAUAUAUGAAUAAUCAGAAUAUUAUUGUAAAAGAGAAAAUGAAAUUUAUGCAAAGUGAAUUUGGUCCAAACAGUGAUACUGAGUAUUAUGAAUCGAAAUGCAUGCAUGCUAUCAAUCAAUCCAUUGGUCGUGUAAUCCGCCAUUGUAACGAUUAUGCAGCAAUUGUGUUGAUUGAUUUAAGGUAUAAAAGUGAACGAAUUUUGAGAGAUCUUCCAGCAUGGAUUAAACCUCGACUGUAUAAUGCAAAUAAUUUAGAUGAUGGAAUACAACAUUUACAAAGAUUCUUCAAAAGUAUGGACAAUUCCAUACAAAAGAAGAUUCUCGACAAAUAA